UUUCACAAAUUUUCCUUAUUUUAACAAAGAGAGAAAAGGUAUAGGAAAAAAAGAAACCCUACCCCUCACACUCGAUUACAACUUCCAUCUCUCUCUACUCUCUACCGUCUACGUUCAUCCUUUUUCCAGUUUAUCUUCCAAUAAUUUGAAGAUAUUAAUCUGUAGAGAAUGGGUACUUCAGAGGAAGAGAUAACUAGACUAUAUAGAAUCCAAAGGACAAUUAUGCAAAUGUUGAAUGACCGAGGUUAUAUCGUGGCUGAUCAUGAGCUUAACAUGUCGAAGCAGAAGUUCAUUGACAAAUACGGCGAACACUUGAAAAGAGAUGCCCUUUCAAUCCAGAAAACCAGACGGAAUGAUAGCUCUGACCAGAUAUAUGUUUUCUUUCCUGAGGAACCGAAGGUUGGGGUCAAGACAAUCAAGAAUUACGCCAAUAUAAUGAAAAAUGAAAAUGUCACAAGAGCAAUUUUGGUGGUUCAGCAGAAUUUGACUCCUUUUGCUAAGACUUGCAUUAGUGAAAUAUCUUCUAAAUUCCACCUCGAGGUUUUUCAGGAGGCAGAGAUGUUGGUUAAUAUUAAGGAGCAUGUUCUGGUUCCGGAGCAUCAAUUGCUAAAUGAUGAGGAAAAGAAGACCCUGCUCCAGCGUUACACCGUCAAGGAAACUCAGCUUCCGAGAAUUCAGAUGAAUGAUCCUGUUGCAAGAUAUUAUGGACUGAAGCGAGGACAAGUUGUGAAGAUUAUCCGGCCUAGUGAGACAGCAGGAAGAUAUGUUACUUACCGAUAUGUCGUAUGAUUGAUGUGGGGUUUUCACCUUUGAUGGAUCAUUUUUCUCUUGGUUUGCUUCGUUGAAGCUGUUUUGACGCUGAGAAAUGCAUCUGUAUUAGUACUUGAUGAUAACUUUACCAUGCAGGCCAUGGUAUAGUUGUUUUUGUCAUCGUACGUUUACAAGGGGUCAGGAACUAAGAAGGCUACCUCCUGUGAAGAUUUCCAAUGUCAAAAAUUAGAGUUAACAUGUUUAGUUGAAAUUUUAUAGCCCGUCUUGAACUUUGCCUUUUGUUUAUAGCGUUUAAAAUAGAGCAGGGCAGAGUAUUUUGGAAGCAGCAAUAUAAGAUUGCAAGCAAACAAACUGAGGCAUCGUAUCAAUUGUUUUGUUAAAUAGCGUUAAAGCCCGUGUUAAAGGCCAAUUGCUUGCUGACAGUAGCCAUUUAUCAUUUGUGCCAUUUGGGAUA